AUGGAUACCAUCAUCCCUCAACAAGACUCCAUGGUGGACAUGGACGACUGGUACAACUUUACCCUAACCAACGCCGACAUGGACGGGCUCUUUGGGUGCGCGUCAAACCCUCUAGCCUCGUACGACCAGUCCAAUACUACAAACUUUGGCCAGUCACGGCAAUACUAUAACCAAUCUCAAUAUCCCUGGAAUACUGUCGAUGCAAGCCUCAUGUAUCAGAAGACUCCGACCCAGUCAUUCACCACUGCAAACACAUCAUUUCUCCCGUAUGUGUCAGACCCAAUGCGGUCCUACAGCCCCAACAACCUCCCAGUAUAUGCUGGUGAGGAUGAGGUGGUAAAGAGCGAUUCUACCAGAGACUACCAGCUCUCCGAUUUCGAGCUGGCUCUUUCUGAGUCCUCAGCUUCUUCCGAAGUUGAAGAUUGCGCUGCGACGACUGUGGCAUCGCAGAACUCGACGGCCCGGCGGGCAGGGAGCCGGGAGAAGCGCACAAACACCGGAUCAAGAAGACAGACGCACUCGCACCGAGUCUCCAAGCUCAAGAGAACCGCUUCAAGUGACAGCGAUGAUCUCGAGCGGGCGCUGGCCAAGCAGACGCACUCGGCCAUCGAGCGCAAAUACCGUAACAACCUCAACGCAAAGAUGUGGCAGCUGCACCGCACGCUGGAGGGGACGAGCCGCAUGUCCAGCAGCGGCAGCAGCGCCAACAACAGUGACGACAGCGACUCAUCACCACAGUGGGGGGAGUCGCAGUCGCAGUCGCAGUCACAGCAACGGGAACAACCGCAACCGCGGAAAUCGGACAUUUUGAGCAAUGCCCUGCAGUACAUCAACGAGUCGGAGCUAGAGAUGAGGCACAUGUCGGAUGAGAUUGUGCGGUUACAGAAUCAACUGGCGGUCCUGCAGCGCAUGGUGCGGUGCGAAGGCGACUGCGAUGCUUUGAAGGAGAUAGUCCAAAUGAAAUUGGCGUCAUGA